UUGAUCACAUCUUAUCAUGAAUAUCACCAUCAACUUCAGUGAUUCCAGAGGUCAACGCAAUAUAAUCAUGUAUCCAGCUCCCUCCGGCAAUCAUGGUGGGGGCAAAACUUGCGAGUCAGAAAUUUCUGCUGAAGGAUUCAGCAUUCCACAAUGACCCACAUUCCUUUCUCUUCAUAAGCAGCACUUAGCUCUACGAAAAUUGGUAAGGAAAUUAAGAAAACCAUGUAUUUCAUAUACAAGAUACUGCUCUUACUAUUCCUAUGCUUUUGGGGUGCAAAAGCUGAUGACCCUUUAGGGGAAUUUUGCAAUAGAAACACCAAUAUUAGCAAAGGAGGAAAAUUAUCAGCAAAUAUUGAUAGUCUAUUGCCCGAAAUAGCCCUCAAAACUCCAUCCACUGGCUUUUUUGCCACUACAAUUGGUAAAGACCGAGACCAAGUUUAUGCACUGGCUCAGUGUAGAGGAGAUGUUAGCACUCAAGAUUGCUCCAAAUGCAUUCAAGAUGCAACAAAACAAAUCCGCCAACGCUGUCCGAACCAAGCCGAUGCAAGGAUUUGGUAUGAUUAUUGCUUCCUAAGGUACAGCAACAAGAGUUUCAUUGGUGAGGUUGACACAUCUUUUGGUAUAUUCUAUUUCAAUGUUGAAAAUGUGACUGACCCUGAAGGUUUUAACAAAGAGCUUGGGGCUCUGAUGGAUCACAUUAGAGCACAAGCUGUGGUGCCAAAAGAGGAAGGGCUUGGGAAGGGAAAGGCUGUGUUGUCUCCAUUUCUGACACUCUAUGCGUUGGUGCAGUGCACAAGGGACUUGUCUGAGAUAUCAUGUGCUCAGUGUUUGGCUAUUGCAGUCAACAACUUUCCCACCUUUUGCAGCAAUCGUAAAGGCUGUAGAGUGUUGUACAGUUCUUGUUAUGUUAGAUAUGAACUCUACCCAUUUUUCUUCCCUCUUGAUUCGAACAAAACAGGACCUUCCAACACAGGAAGAGUCACCGUUUAUGCUUAAUUAAAAGUUUAAAGCCAUUCUGCUAUGCUAAAAGUAGCAUUGCUCAAUGUUUGGCUGGUAUCAAGUUACCCUUUAGUGGAAAUAUUACUAUCAUCUAUUGAACAUGGAAGAUGCAUUUGGAAAAGCUUUGCCACUAAAAUAAAGAAAACUAAGUCAACCAAUAAGAAGACUUUUAGUUGGCACUAAUCAAAGUAUGUAGUUAUAUUAUAUAGUCCAAAAGCUUUAUUUCUGUUUGGUGUAUGUUAUGUCUCUGCAGACAUGUGACAUCUUUUCUGUUUUACAUCUAAGACGUUUCCUUAUUCCAAAUUAAGAACGUACCCAAUGGAUCCAUACAACAACCCAAGGCCUAAAAGGUCUAUUAAGAAACCUAUAUAGCUGGAUCAAGAUCGUUUUGUCUAAUUCUCAGCCCACCACGUGGAUGGUGCUGAUUAUGUUACUGUUAGCCCUUGUGGCUAUUUUAAAUUGUAUCUGCCUCCAUUCCAAUAUAUGAAAUGAAGUAACUUAAUUCUGUUUA